AUGAACAAAUGCGGAGGCAAUGGAAACGCACGAAAUAUUUUCAAAGAUUAUUGGAAGAAAAAUGGAGGAAUGAUAGAUCCACAAUUUGCAAGAUCUAAAAUGAAGCCAGAUUGUCGUAGCGAAGAAGACUGGGGUUAUUUGUGCGAUUAUUGGGAAUCGGAUAAAGCGAAGCAAUAUGCUGAACAAAUGAAACAUAAUCGGGGAAAACUUGUUAUUCCAAGUAGAGGAGGCUCACGAUCAAUAGCAAAUCACAAAUUUGCCAUGACAAAUAAAGAGACUCAGAUGCCCCCUAGCCCAAUCGAAUUAUAUCAUAAGUUGCAUUUUGAUCCUAUAAAGAAAUGGAUAAAUGAUGAGUCACGCAUUCAAUACAAAAUAUUCUCCAACUCAAGGAGGAAGAAUGCGCGAAAUUAA